UUUCUAGCAUCGUCGUCGCAACGCUCCGCUACUGUCCCUACUACGAGAGGUUAUCGGCUUACCGGCGUUCGGCAACGGUGAUGUUUUUUUUUUUUUUUAAAAAAGAAAAAAGGGCGGGGCUACUGGGCCGCACGUUGUCGUACGGCGACGUGCUUCCUAUCGUUACAAAACGGGAGGGGACGUCUGAUCUGGUCUCUAACGACCACCCAACAAUACUGGCAAGAGAGAAAACAUUUGGCGAUGGGGUUAAUGGGGGGAUCUGCCGGGUGAGGAUGGUCGCUCACGCUCCUUUUUGGCGUUUUGGAACCUUUUUUCUUCUUGUUCUUUCCUUUACAGGGAGCGGUGUUUUUGCUAUUUACUGGUUUGCGCGCGUGGUUUCGUUCUUCCUUGCUCGUUUCUUUCCCGAUGGAGUCGGCAUCAAAGCGAGGAAGUUACAGUUCUUGAGCGAAGUUGUGCGACUGUACGAUGCGGCGGGCGGAGGAAGAGAGCAAAAGCGAGCAGCGAUGUUGGAAUACUUGCAGGCACUUGAGCAUCUGCACGUUCUCAUAAGCUCGCAUGUGAGACGGCUGAAGUUCCUUAUCAGUGGGAGGCGAAGGAAGAAAAGUAUGGGAAGAUCCUCGACGAGAGGACAGAAAAGGGACAAGAAAAACAACAACAGCGGUUCAAACAUUGGCAGGCGAGACGGUUCCGGGGGCUCGCGCAAAACUCAAAUUGUCCGUGAUGGAAGGGUUGGAUCGCUUGCCUGGGGGCGGGUAGUGAUUUCCUGUACUGGCAAGGGAGAUGAUACUCCUUUGCGCGACUGGGCCUGCUCCUGUUUUCUUUGGUUCUUCUCUGGAUGCCAUUGGAGGCGAGAGAAGAGCAAGAGGAGAGCAGAUGCGGCUACGAUACGACCGGGGGGUUUUUUUUUCUUUUCGUUUUUUUGUUAGUGGCAACGUUUUCUAUAGGGGAAGCCAAGAAAAAAUAAACCACAUUCAUCAUGUAAAGAAA